AUGGCGUGCUCAUGUUGCUUCCCCAAAAGCUCCGCGUUUGCUGCACUCAAGAACCGCCUUAACAGCGUGAGCAAUAUUGGGUUACUACACCCAGCUGCUCGAGGUCCCGCAAACGCUCCAGGGAUUCCUUCGUCCUACGAACGACCGGGAGGCAGAUUGAAAUCUCGCGAAGAUAUUCGAUGGGGCGAUCUGCUCGAAAAGUUCAAAUUCGUUCAGGAACGGUCCAGACGUUCAGGGCGAGCGUCAUCUCGGCAACUAGUCUCUGGCGGAGAUAACGCCCCCCACUCAUCAAUUGCUGCGGCAGUUGCGGCAGCCACUGCGGCAGGUCAAAAUGGCGGCAGGGAGAGAGCUGCAGCAGAUUCCCAUCGUUUAGGGGCUGCAGGCACUGGAGGAACUGGUGGUGGAAUCGCCCAUUCGACACGACAAAGCUUUGCGAUGAAUGACUCUGGUGCCGGCGGAGCGCAAAAGUCACCCAAGACGAGAUCCACGCUUGGAAACUUUGGCCGAUUAAGCGGGAUCGGACAAAGGAAGGCGAAACGAUGA